AUGGGGGAGGGGAAGGCAGCUAGGGGCGGCGAGCGCGCGUGCGCGCGGCGGCCUGGACCGUUCUCCGCGCGCUUUGGCCUCGCGCCGGGGCCGCCGCCCCUCCCCCACCCGGCUCGCGCGCUCCCUCACCCUCUCACCCGCCGCCGCCGCCGCCUCCGCCCGCCGCCUCCGAGGGGGAGAGGUGCUGCCGCUGCUCACGCUCCCGAGUCCCUCGGGGCCAGGGGCUGCCGCCUCGCCUCGCCGGUCCGCCUGCCUCAGCCGACACAGACGCCUCGUCGCUUCCUCAGGGGCCGCAGCGGGCUCCGACUGCGCCACUCGCACCCCGCCUGGGCCGCGCUGCACGUCAGCACGACCGACGAAGCGCGUCAGCACGCACCCGCGCGCGUCGCAGGGCCCGCCGGGAACCGUAGUACGUCCCGCGGCACUUUGCGCAGGCGCCGAGGCCACUUCGGGAAGUGUAGUUUCUUAAGACCCAAGGGAGGUUCAACGCAGCUGCCAGGGAACUACGAAUCCCUGCGGCCAGUGCGAGGAAGGGCGGGUGGACAGGCCUGGGCUGUGCCUUCAGCCUCCUGUUUCGUGGCCUUGUCGCAGCGCCGUGGAUGCACCCUUUCCUCUGGAGCUGAGGCCGCUGGGCCAGCGGAGCCUGAGAGGUGGAAACAAUGUCGGUGGCCGCUGGGACAGGGGACCGGGAGAAGUAAGACACUAGAAAGGAACCUGGUGAGGAAAGGCCACAGGGACCGUCCUGGUCUACAGCGUUUGGGAGCAUUGCCUCCUUGGCCGCACACCACACAGCAGCCUUCGUGCAGCACGUCCUGGCCCAGAUUCAAGGAAACUUUGUCUUAAACCAGCUAUGACUCACGGCAGGCUGUGAAGUCUACCUUUGUAAACAAAGAUAAAGCAGCUACGUUUUCUCCCUACCUCAUCCCUCCAGACUCUGGAAACUCCCAGUAAGUAUGCUUAUAUUUUCAUAGCAACGCAUUUGUGUAAGUCCAAUAAGAAUCUGUUCUCCUUGCGACAGGACACUAUUGGAAACACUGGUCAUACUACCAAGGCUUUGGCUAGAAUAUCAUAUCUGAGAACGACGCGCAUAGACUGAGAUAUGACCAGACAGCGCUAAGGAACAAAGAGUGACUGUAUGGAACCAACCCUUGGAAAAAUCAGCCUGAUAACCUUGCCGGGGUUCCCAACAGCCUUAUCGUGUGAGUCAGGAAGAUUGCCUCCUGACAGGCCCAGGAACCUCACGAAGAGGGACUGCCCCCCAAAUUUAUAGGUAUUCUAGGUAAGAUCGGACAGGGAGGUGUUGGCUUGGCUUCUUAGCCUGGAGAGGCUUUUCAGAGUUCCAUCUGAGAUUCCUUUUGAAAAGUUCCAGGAAAGCAGACUUGAAAGAGCCUGGAUGGUCAGUCCCUAUUCUUGCUGCACUCACAUAAACAAGAGAGCCGAGUUUAUUGCAACUAGACUGAAUUUGCAAACAAAAUAGCCUUGCUACGGUUGUCCUUGCCACAGAUCGGAGCGAUUACAGAGAGAACAGGUCUGCUUCAGUAACACACCUUCACAGGUAUAUUCUAGCACCGCGGAUUAUCUUUGAUGUUUGUCUUCACCUAGGCUAGAUCCUGAAUUCUAGUUUCUUCCAGUAGCCGGCUACAACUCCAAACUUCCAGCAUUUCUCCCGCCCUCUGACCUGGGAUCCUUGAGACCUAAAACCGCCCAUCCCACAACCGGGCAGGCCCAAGUGGGGCGACUCGAUCCAAACUUCGGAGGGACCACCACAGCAGCUCGCGGGGGGACAGUCUUCGUGCCUGUUGCCGGUGGGCCCCUCAGGACGGUCACCAGAGACGUUCACGCCACAGACCAGGCACGGCUGCCAGAUUGCCGCUGCCCGCCCUCCCCUCACCCGAGGACAUUUUGAGCCCUAGAUGUACCCUAGUUAUCCCCUCCACGUGGCGGCACUCAGAGCUCAGGAACGGCGUUGUCGUCGGCCCCAGUCUUUAACCUCCGUUGCGUCAUGUGACGCCGUCACAAGACGUAGGGUGAGUAUAGGCCAAUGAGGCAUUCUGAGAGAGAGGGGCCAGUUUCAUACAGGCCUUGUUAUGCUUUGAACUACUAUUGUUCUAUCAUGUGUAAUGCAGAUAUUAUAAUGUUUUUUUAUUUUAAGACCCUUGCUUAUUUUUUAAUAUGAAGUUUAUUGUCAAAUUA